CUCCAUUCCGCUUCCGACUUCAGCUCCACUCCACGUUUGCCUCACUUCCGGGUCCAUCCAGCUGCUGCAGAGUGGCGGUCCAGUCCUGCCUAGUUCGGCUGCUCAGUAGUCCUCAGACUGCCUUGCAAGUCGUGCGGACUCGGUGCUCCGCCAGCUGAACCGGGAGAGCUCACGGGAGGACCUCGACACCUACACCCGCCUCGUGUGCGCCACCGGCGGGCUCCACGACACCCGACCCACUUUCACAAGACAUUCCCGGGACUUUUAAUUCCAACCUUCUGUUGUUUUUUUUUUGCUACCGGCUAUUACUUUUACACUGAACUCCCAUUUUUUUCCCUCCGGUGUCUGUAUGGAGCUAUUCGCCCCAAUCCGGAUGUACUGGCGUGAGCAGGGGGUCUGAUACCUGCCGACGGUCCGCCGUGAACAUGCAGCCGAGCCGAGCCCGUCUUUGUGCGACCCGCAGCCCAGUUUGUGGGGGCCUCGUCUGAAGCUGAGUUGACAUCACACUCAAACCUUCCAGCACAAUGAGACUAUGACCGGUGAUGGUCUUCAGAGAACCACAGAUCGUUGACUUUGCUCCUGCUUCUUGAUCUCACCACCGAAAUACGUGCAAACCAUCUUUAGUGGUCACCGCCUGCUAACGUGAUACAAUGGCCUCUUCAUUGUGGAGGUGUCCACUCUUUGCCUGCCUCCUGAUACUUCUCUGCUGCUGCCACUUGUCACAAGGGUUCAGCCGCGCCGCCUUGCCUUUCGGUCUGGUCAGGCGGGAGCUCUCGUGCGAAGGAUACGCAAUCGAUCUACGCUGCCCUGGGAGUGAUGUCAUCAUGAUCGAGACAGCCAACUAUGGGCGGACUGAUGAUAAAAUCUGUGACGCCGACCCGUUCCAGAUGGAGAACACCAACUGCUACCUCCCCGAUGCCUACAAGAUUAUAUCACAAAGGUGCAACAACCGUACGCAGUGUGUGGUUGUCACUGGCUCCGAUGUCUUUCCUGACCCAUGUCCUGGCACCUACAAGUACUUAGAGGUCCAGUAUGAGUGUGUUCCUUAUAUUUUCAUUUGUCCCGGGACUCUGAAGGGUGUAGGAGACGCCACCUUCCUCUACGAGGCCGAGCAGCAAGCAGGGUCGUGGUGCAAAGACCCGCUCCAAGCUGGCGACAAGGUCUUCUUCAUGCCUUGGACGCCGUACCGCACGGACACCCUCAUUGAGUACGCCUCUCUGGAGGACUUCCAAAACAACCGUCAGACGACCACGUACAAACUGCCGCACCGCGUCGAUGGCACCGGCUUCGUGGCCUACGACGGCGCCAUUUUCUUCAACAAAGAGCGCACGCGCAACAUCGUCAAGUUCGACCUGCGCACGCGCAUCAAAAGCGGCGAGGCCAUCGUGAACAACGCGAACUACCACGACACAUCGCCCUACCGCUGGGGCGGCAAGACGGACAUCGACCUGGCGGUGGACGAGAGGGGCCUGUGGGUCAUUUACGCCACCGAGCAGAACAACGGGCGCAUUGUGGUGAGCCAGCUCAACCCAUACACGCUGCGCUUCGAGGCCACAUGGGACACGGCCUAUGACAAGCGCUCGGCGUCCAACGCCUUCAUGAUGUGCGGUGUGCUGCACGUGGUGCGCUCCACCUACGAGGAGGGCGAGAGUGACAGCAGCAGAAGCCAGAUUGAUUACAUCUACAACACCAAGCUGAGCCAGGGAGAGUACACGGACAUCGCCUUCCCUAACCAGUACCAGUACAUCACCUCCGUGGAUUACAACCCCAGGGACAACCAGCUGUACGUGUGGAAUAACUUUUACGUCCUGCGCUACGACCUCCACUUCGGACCGCCGGACCCCACUGAAGUGGCUCCAGUGGGUUCGUCCUCGUCCCCCCUGCCCAUGACCACCGUCGUCAUGGCAACCACAGCGGCGCCCACCGGCAAGAACCAAGGUGACACCACAAUUGGAGGAGCGGACCCCCGGGACGGCAGAGAUCCGUUUGAGGACACCCGUGGCUCGGCGACAGCGGGGCCCAUCGUGCCAGAGCUACCCCCCACGCCCAGACGCUUCUGUGAGGCCACCAGGAGACGGGCCAUCGACUGGCCCCAAACCCACACGGGGUCCACUGUGGAGAGGCCCUGCCCUAAAGGCACCAGAGGCGUCGCCUCCUUCCUGUGUACGGUGGAAGGGACCUGGUGCUCCAAAGGCCCCGACCUCAGCAACUGCACCUCUCACUGGGUGACUGAAGUGGCACAAAAGAUCCGAAGCGGCGAAAACGCGGCCAAUCUAGCGAACGAGCUGGCCCACCACACACAAGGCCCGGUUUUCGCCGGCGACGUUAGCUCGUCGGUGCGCCUCAUGGAGCAGCUCGUGGACAUCUUGGACGCUCAGCUGCAGGCACUUCGUCCCAGCGAGAAGGACUCAGCUGGACGCAGCUUCAACAAGCUUAAAAAGCGAGAGAAGACAUGCAGGGCGUACAUGAAGGCGAUUGUGGACACCGUUGACAACCUCCUGAGGCCGGAAGCUCUGAAGUCCUGGAAAGACAUGAAUUCCACGGAACAAACGCACGCCGCCACAAUGUUACUGGAUACCCUGGAGGAAGGGGCGUUUGUCCUUGCCGAGAACCUGAUCGAGCCGGCUAUUGUCAAAGUGCCCACCGAGAACAUCAUGCUGGAUGUGUAUGUGGUGAGCACAGACGGCCAGGUGCAAGACUUCAGGUUCCCCCAGACCAGCAGGGGUGGAGCCUCUCUUCAGCUCUCCUCCAACACGGUCAAAGUCAACAGUAAAAACGGUGUGGCCAAGCUGGUUUUUGUGCUGUACAAACAUCUGGGUCAGUUCCUGAGCACGGAGAACGCCACGCUGCGGGGACUUGGAAACACGGACAAACGUAACCUUUCGCUCACGGUCAACUCCCACAUCCUCUCAGCCUCCAUUACCAAGGAGUCCAGCCGUGUGUUUGUGGCCGACCCGGUGAUCUUCACGCUGGAGCACCUGGAUAAGGAGCACUACUACAAUCCCAACUGUUCCUUCUGGAACUACUCGGAGCGAAGCAUGAUGGGAUACUGGUCCACUCAGGGCUGCAAGCUGCUGGAUACCAACAAGAGCCACACCACAUGCUCCUGCAAUCACUUGACCAACUUCGCCAUCCUCAUGGCACAUCGAGGAAAUGUGGGCAAAGGGAGCGUGCACGAGCUCCUCCUGACCGUCAUCACCCGGAUGGGCAUCGCCGUGUCGCUGGUGUGCUUGGCCAUCAGCCUCUACACCUUCUGCUUCUUCAGAGGUCUGCAAAACGACCGCAACACCAUCCACAAAAACCUCUGCCUCAACCUCUUCAUCGGCGAGCUGGUCUUCCUGGUGGGCAUCAACAUGACCGAACCCAAGCUGGUCUGCUCCAUCAUUGCCGGAGUCCUCCAUUUCUGCUUCCUGGCCGCCUUUGCCUGGAUGUGUCUGGAAGGCGUGCAGCUGUACCUCAUGCUGGUCGAGGUGUUUGAAAGCGAGUUCUCCCGCCGGAAGUACUACUACAUUGUCGGCUAUCUCUUCCCGGCGGCGGUGGUGGGCAUCUCAGCGGCCGUGGACUACCGCAGCUACGGCACGCCACGAGCAUGCUGGCUGCGAGUAGACAACCAUUUCAUCUGGAGCUUCAUUGGCCCUGUAACUUUCAUAAUUGUGGUCAAUGUCAUCUUCCUGGUGGUGACCAUGUACAAGAUGGUGAAGCACUCCACCUCCAUGAAACCCGAUUCCUCCAGGCUGGGGGGUAUCAGGUCGUGGGUGUUGGGAGCGUUUGCCCUCCUUUGUCUUUUGGGCCUGACGUGGUCCUUCGGCCUGUUCUUCCUCAACGAGUCGUCCAUUGUGAUGGCUUACCUCUUCACCAUCUUCAACACCCUUCAAGGAAUGUUCAUCUUCAUCUUCCACUGCCUCCUGCAGAAGAAGGUGCGCAAAGAGUACAGCAAAUGUUUCCGUCAGUCUCACUGCUGCGGUGCACUGCCACCCGAGGCCCCCCACAGCUCGGUGAAGACGGCCACGUCUCGAACCACGGCGCGCUACUCGUCGGCCACCCAAAGUCGCAUCAGGCGGAUGUGGAACGACACGGUGAGGAAGCAGUCGGAGUCGUCCUUCAUCUCAGGAGACAUAAACAGCACCUCCACGCUCAACCAGGGCAUGACUGGCAACUACCUCCUAACUAAUCCUCUCCUUCGUACCCACGACACUAACCCUUAUAACAACCUGCUGGCAGAAACUGUGGUCUGCAACACGCCUUCUCCACCGGCCUUUCACUCUCCAGGACAGCACUCUCUGAGCAACAGCCGGGACAUCAGCGCCAUGGACACCCUCCCCCUCAACGGCAACUUCAACAACAGCUACUCCCUCCGAGAGGACGACUAUGAGGCGGUGGGCGUGCGAGCCCCGGGCGACGUGGGCGGCCUCAACCUGCACGACGCCGCCUUCGAGAAGAUGAUCAUAUCCGAGAUUGUGCACAACAACCUGCGGCCCCGCGCCGCCCCCAAGGUCCGCGACGCCCCGCGGGGGACCGACGCGCCCCAGACUCGGUUGCCCGUGGACCGGGGCAGCGGCAGCGAGGACGACGCCGGCGUGGCGGACCGCGUGGAGGCCUCGUCCCCGCAGAGAGGAGGCCAGGCGCCCUUGGAGCUGCUCCUGCACCCCCACCACAAGGAAGCCCUGGAGGCCCCCCUCCUGCCCCAGAGGACUCACUCCCUGCUCUACAGCGCCCAAAAGGCCCCCCGGCGCCUGGAGAUCGGCGACGAGACUGUGACGACGGCGGCGGAGGACGCGAGCAACAACAGGGACUCGCUUUACACCAGCAUGCCCAACUUGAGGGACUCGCCCUCGGCUUCGCCGUACCCCCCUGAGGAGGAGGAGGGAGGAGAGGGGGAGCGCCCCCCUUCCAUCCCAGGUGAGGACACGUAUCACAAAAGCAUGCCCGAGCUCGGUGACGCGCCGCCUCUUUCUUACUACCACAUAAACCGAGUGACCAGCGACGGAUACGUGCCGCCCCCGCCCGCCUCUGAGGAAGGGGAGGGCGACGCCCCCAGUGACGGACAAAUGCAGCUCAUCACCAGCCUCUGAGCCCCCACAAGAGGGGGGGGGCGCCUCGGGUUGAUCAGACUUUUUGCACAUGUUCUUCUGAGGCCUGAAUGUGGACUCUGCUGUGGGACUAACGCAGCAUGGAUAUUAAAGAAAACCUCUCAAUAUUCCCGGUAAAGAACUCCUGACACUCCGGGGGGGGUCUUUUUUUGAGGGAGGAAAACCACUAAUUCAGACUCAGGCCUUAUAUUUUCUCUAUUGCACAUUGUCGAAGUAACAGCUAAAGAAAUAUAUUUUGCUGUACCACUCGUGUAAAAGGUUACAAAACAUGUAAAAGGACAAAACAAAAAAAGAACUGGAAAGCGUUCAGUAGUUAAUGUUAAUAGGACUCUUAUUCGUAUAAAGUUCUUAAAAAUGGAGGAUUUUCUUUUUUCCUCUCACACUUGACUUGUUUGUUUUUAUUUUGUUUUUAAGAAGCAGUAUUUGAAGAAAUGUAAAUCCACACGUUUGAUCAAGGGAUUUUUUUCUUCUUUUUUUUCACGCGAAGCAAAUGUGUUUUAUGGCAUUUUGCGGAUCUUCCUUUUAAUUUAUUAACAGAACUAUUUGGGUGAAAACAAAAGAAAAAGGUUGUUGCCGCGCUGAUUGGGUUUCUGUCAUUUUGUUGUUUUUGUGAGAGCCUGUCGUCAGCUGGUAUUUAAUUCAACUCCUGUUUGAUAUCGAAUAAAUGUGAAUUUUGGUUUUCCUGU